AUGGAACUAAUAGCGCAGUGGGGCUUAUCUGUCAAUAAUAACUUCGUGGGAGAUUUGGGUGAGCCGUCGAAUGGUGUUUACUUGUCUGGACAUCCCGACUUAGUUACACCAGCACCUUUUCUUGGACGAACUAAAUUGAGAAUCUUAGCUUGCAAGAUCUUGAAAGGCAGAUGCAAUAUUGUUGGCUUGGGGUCCUACCAUUUGUUACCUAAACGAGGAUAUCAUUCACAUUCAGCUGUGCAACCAGUGGAUUGUAAAUUAUUGCGACAUGAUAAUUAUCGAUGUGACCAAAUUUUUUUAUUCGAAGAGAAGGGAGCUGGAUAUUCCAAAUCGCCAGCAAAUGUUUUACCUUUUGCCAUAUACGAUGUGGAAUUCCCCCCGAAUACCGUUUUAACUUUCAAAGGAAUAGAUUCAAUUGUUUGGAGUGGUAAUCUGUUAGUUGGAAAUAAGCGUUACAGUCGUGUAUCAUUGCAUUCAUUAGCAGCAGCGGCUAAACCACCAUUACUAGACAUUUUCGAAAUUGCCGAUCUCAUCCAUUGGACUGCCUGCUUGGCUUUUCCACCAAUUCUUGAACUGCUGAAACCGCCAGCUCUUGGAGAAAUCGCUUUGAAAAAAGAGGCUAGAAAAUUCAGUUCAAGUUUUGCAAAAGAAGGUGUUUAUUAUUUUACAUUAUUUUCGGAAGAUGAUUCUCGGGAUUUUGUUUCACUGCAUGAAUCUAUGAGAAUAAAACAGGCGGCAGGCAUAACGAUUUUCCCGUCUGUUGGGAUUUUCAUUCUUUUGCCAAACGGAUUAUUUAGUGAUUUGUUAACGCUUCCGAAAACAGCUGGCAGUAUUUUCCACUGUUUGUAUUUGACCUGUGAUUUGAACUGUUCAUUAAUAAACGGUGCAUUCGAAGCAAUGUCAACAGAAGAGAACGACGAAUUUAUGAGGCCAUUGUUACUUCAAGAACGCGUCGAUGGACUGGAUGUUCGUGUUCAAGAACUGGUGCGAACUGUUGCUAAGAAAACACUUUUCGAAGAAAAUUCUAAUAAAUCAAGAAUGAAGGGAGAAAUAUCAAAUGCAAGUUCUGGACUAGGAAAAAAAUAUGCAUAUUGUUUAUAUAUUGGAGAAUCGAUUGAUAUGGAUAUAGCGGACAGUGAUGAUGAUGAAGAGAGAAGAGGAUGGCGUGUUGAACGGAUGGAUACAUCUGGAUUGGAAAAAUCCCUAAGAGAAUAUUCACUAUCAACUUCAAGUUUAAAAUUGAAGUCAAGUUCACCGCAUUCAGUUGAUGAAACAAUUUCAAAAGAUAAACAUUUGCUUUCUUCUAAUCUUCGACAUGAAAAGAUGUUUGUCAGUAGAGAUCCCAGGAAACGCCUCAUUAACAAGCAGAAUAUGCCAAUUCCUUCAUGUUCAGUUGCAGGACGAAAGAUUUCAAAGUGGAGCACUUUACGUGAACACUCAGAUGCUAAGGAAAAGGCAACUUUUUUUUCAGCUGUUCAGCCAAUACGGUCAUCAUUCGAUUUACCUGCAACUAAUUCUCGUGGCUAUUCACCAUCAGAUGCAAUAUCUAGUGGAGGAUCGUCACCUACGGUUGUUUCACAGUCCCAGAGAUCUCUGCCUAGUAGCUCUCCGAAUCUCAAAGAUAACGACAGCACAACUUUUGUUGAGGUUCUGAGAAAUCAGAGUGAACUCGGUAGUACGGAAUCACCUGCUAGUCCUCCACAUGAAUCUGGUGUCUUCGUUGCUACUGCACCAAAGAUUAUUUCCGAUUAUGAUAUGAGAUCGGCUACUGAUGCUUCAUUUCAAACGCCUGCUCGACAGUAUCGGCCUCCGGAAGUUACACCAUUCACAGCUAUAGCAUCAAUGGAUGGAAUGACGAAUUCUGGAUCAUUGAUUGAUAAAAAACACGAAAAUAAAAUUCAUUGUGAAGAAAUCCACUCAACAUCAACUUCUCAGAAUAAUGAAAAUCUCGUUAUUAACGACGAAUGCACUUACAUCCUGCCUAAUCUAGUUUCAUUUCCACGUCAUUCAAUUCGAAAAAAUACGGUUGAGAGUGAAAAGACGGAUUCGGAUUCAAACCGUUCUCCGCAGCACUUGCAAUGGGAUAUUCUUCCGAAUUCAAAAGUUGAUGAUCGAAAUUUAUCUUUUAAUCCUGAACCAGUAGGUAGUGGUGAUGUGGAUAUGCGUACCACUCAUGCAAUCAGUUCUGCUCCGGUCAUUUCACGUGAGCUAACACCAUCAGCUACGCAUCAUAUCACACCUGUUAUGCAAGCACCGAUCGUGUUCUCUAAUGGCGAUACUGAUCAUCGCCUUAUUUCAUCAGGAGUUCGACCUUCGACUUCUGCACAACCUCCUGAAAGCUUUACAAAUGAGUCUGCUGGCCAUUUUCGCACGCAUCCAUUUCCUUCACGUGCUCCUCCUCCUUUCACGGGACCUUUUCAAUAUCGCAAUGUUUCUUCGACCAACUAUGUAGUAGGAUUUAAACAACCACGCGUGUACGGAUUUUUCAAUCAACCAACCAUUCUCCGCCAACCAAAACCAUAUUAUGCUCGAGAUACUGUGGGUAGCAAUUCUACAAUAAGACGAGGAGUGUUAAUGAUCGAUGACGCUCAACUUACUACUGGGGCUUUGGAUCCGAAGCUUUUCCGCAUGAUUCUGGAACGUUUUUCAAAUUUGAGGAAGAGCGGUUCUACUUUGUGGUGGAUCAAAUUGCACACACAUCUCAGGCAGACCUUAAUGUUGGGCAGUGCCUCAUCGGAUUCUAACUCAAAAGUAGUGGAAAGACAUGCUCAUUAUGAAGAACUAAUAAAGGAAUAUGAAAGUCUAAAAGUGGUACAAAUAAUGAAACCACAUGAAUGUGACAAAAAUAAGCAUGACACAAAUGUAUUACUGAAAUGUCUGAGUCAUACUGUGAAUGCGAAUCGAAAAUGCUCUAUGGUUUAUUUAACUGAUAUCGAAAAAGAUUCAUCAGUGGGCAAACAGAUAGCAUUUGCGGGUUUCGAAAUUUGUCAUUGCACGGAGCUAUCAAAAAAAUUCGACAUUUAA